CGAUCUUAUAUUCAGCGAACCAACCAAAGAAGCAGCAAUGCAUGUUGCUAAACAAGCUCAAACCGUGAUGGAAGCUGCGAAAUUUAACUUAAGGAAAUGGAACUCUAACGACGUGGACGUAAGGCGAGAGCUUUCUACAGAGGAAGUAGGCAUAGCAGAGCAAAAAAUUCUUGGGUUGGCAUGGUGCACAGUAAACGACAAAAUUUCCGUAGAUGUAAAAUCUUGUAAUGAUUAUAUCCAAACACUACGAGCUACAAAACGUAACGUUUUAAAAGCAAUGGCCAAAAUUUACGACCCGUUGGGGCUAUUGGGCCCAUUCACGGUUAGAAUAAAAAUUCUACUGCAAGAAGUUUGGCGUCAAAAGAAAGAAUGGGAUGUCAUAAUGGAUGGCGAAACUCAGAGUGCAUUUUCACAGUGGCAAGAAGAGCUUGCAUUACUAGAAACUUUCUGUGUUGAUCGAUGUUUGUCAGCAGGCAGUGAAUCGAUAUUGGAAUUGCACAUCUUUUCUGAUGCGAGCCCGAAGGCGUAUGGAGCAGUGGCUUAUUGUCGACAAAUAAUGCCAACCGGACGAAUUCUCACUAAUAUUGUGUGCUCAAAAAAUCGAGUAAGCCCAAUUUCCGAAAAUAAUAAGGAAGUAGAAUUAACGUUACCUAAAUUGGAGUUAACAGCAGCUUUGAUGGCAGCAAGAUUGAAAGAAACCCUUGUAAAAAGCUUGUGCGUUAAAAUAUCCGCAGUUUAUUUGUGGACGGAUUCAAGUAUUGCAUUAAACUGGAUAAAUGGCUGUGGGCGAAAACCUAAACCGUAUAUAAAGGCAAGAGUAGCAGAAAUUAACCAAAUAUCGAACAUAUAUGAUUGGCAUCAUUGUUCCGGCAAGCUUAAUCCAGCGGAUUUGCUAACCAGAGGUAUAAAGGCGAAAAAUCUGCUUGAGUCCAAUAUUUGGAAGUUCGGGCCAAGCUGGCUUCGAGAAAAUGAAGAAAACUGGCCAGCGAAGCUUGAAAUUCAUAGAUCAUCAGUUUUGAAUACUGCCAAUCACAUCGAGCGAAAUAAGCUAGUAAUUGCACCAAUUACUACCAUUGAAAAUUAUAGCAGUCUAAAAAAGCUUUUAAGAGUAACUGCUUACGCAUUUCGUUUUGUAAAACGUUCUAAGAGAAAGUCGACAAACCAACAGUUAAGCAAUCGAAAGUGUAUACAAUAUUGUGAAGUCGAUGAAAUAACGUUUGAAGAACUACAAAAAGCCGAGAUGUACUGGAUCGAACACACGCAGCGAAAUUUUUACAAUCAACUUUUCAUGGUGGUGUAAACGCCGUUCUAGCACAGCUUCGAAAUCGUUUUUGGGUCAUUCAGGCGAGGCAAGUAAUUAAGACAAUCCUGCGCAAGUGUGUGAUUUGUCAGCGUCUCCAUGGCAAAAGUGCUUCUGAGCCAUGGACAGUACUACCAACCAAGCGAAUAAUGACUACGAGGCCUUUCGAGACAACCGGAGUGGAUUUCGCUGGGCCGUUGUAUGUUAACGGCAACAAUGACCAAGGACACAAGGUGUACAUUAUGCUGUUUACAUGUGCAGCUGUACGAGCUGUACAUCUUGAGUUAGUGCCAGAUAUGACG